AGCCUAUUACAAGUAACGUAACAAAAGGUUUAGUAUACUUUACCUAAUUACCUAUUACCUAUUAAACGGCUUGUAUAUGGACACAUAUAUGUUUUACUGUGUUAUAUGAGCAUUUAGACAUUUUUCGCAAAAGUAAAUAAAAGUGUUCUUCAAUUUAAACUCAUACGCCUGUAUCAGCCAGCCACAGGAGACCUAGCAGCUAAAUCGUUCCUCAUUGGAGAUAACCUUUCCUUAGUCGUAUCAAACUAAUUUUUACACUGUUUUUACAAAUUUAAUUUUUAAAGGGCAUACAAGCCUAUACGUCGUACGCGCCGACAGAACCAAGCGUAGAUUACCUUAGCAUAAACAAAAAAGCAAAAAAGAACGCGUCCGAAUUAUUCGAAAGACGUGAGCAAGCAAAGGAAGGACAGAAGCAUUUUUGUAGUACUUCGUUCCCUACGAAGCUACAUUUAUAUACUCGACGUCUUUUAAACACUAUAUUUCAUUUCUUGGAUAUCUUUUUUAUAGGUUAUGCUUUAUUUAAUAUGUGAUUAAAGUAUUUCGGUUACUUCACUUUUGUUGUAACAUUUUUUUUAUUGAAAAGUGGAGAUUCGUUCGUUUCGAUUGUUCAGACCGGUUCUUUCGUUUGAAGAGUGAGCACCUUACCCACUAUUGGAUGUAGUAUUAAAUUACAAGCUUGGCGAACAAGACGUACUCUUUAGAGCGAAUAUGUACCCUCUAACUAUUGUUAGUAGCACAUUGUAAGUUAAUGCCGAAAUUCUUAUGAUACUACAAUUGGGUCAAACUUGUUAUUGAACCAUACAAAAUGUAUUUUUACAUGCCUACUUGUUCCACUUUACAGGGAUACAUUUGUUCACAAAUGUGCUAUAUGUACAUACUUUACGGAUGCCUUUAUUUGUGUGUAACACGUUAAGGACGCGUAUAUGUAUCUAUAAACAUAUAUAUCCAUUCGUUUUAUCAGUACGAAGUGUUUUAUUACCUGAAGGUUUCAGCCUUAGUUUACCUAAACUACAACUAUUGACUUGCUAUAUCUCGAUGGCUAUGAUGCAAUUUCCAUGACGAUGUUAACAAGGUCAGUUUGAAUUGUAAGACAGAGAUUUAUUUACUUUUAGAAGUAGGUAUUUAGCGUAUAUCUGUUUUUAAGGUCUGUGUACGAAACUGUUUGAACGAAUGCAUCUUUACGUGUGUCCGGCUGAGUGGCUGAUUCUGGAUUCCUAUAAGCGCCGAUGUCAACCUACACCCAACCAACAAGGGGCACUUCUUCGCGCGAUGUUUGUGCAGUGGAGAGGAAGCAACUGGAGGGAGGGUAAGAGUGAGGCCCGCGGCGCGAAAUCAUCUCUACUCUAAGAAUGGAUACGACUUCAAUCGCAGAGUUCAAGACACAGAGAGGGUUAGUUAGAGAGACAGCGAAUGGAAAAAGAGAAGGAUAGCUCAUGCGGAGAGGCAUGUCUUCACAAAUGCUGUGUUAUUAUCUAUGCGGAUCAUAUGUAUGUGAAUGGAGGAGAGGGGCUGUGGGUCUGCCAGUUUUCUUGGAGCGUGCUGCGCGGCCCGGAAGUGCGCCAACUUUAAGAGUGUGUGUGGCUGGGCGUGAGUAUCUGCGUGUGUGGCCUUCUGCCCGUAUUGUUGCAUGUAGCCCUGCCGCCUUGCUGUGUGUCUAUGUACGGAGCGAGCAGACGAACAAGAAUGCGCCGGGGUAGACAACGAGGGGAAAAUGGGACGAAGAGGUGGUCGUCGACAUUCAAGUCGGCGCCAGCGUCGCGGCAUUGCGCGCUACCUAAGAACACUGAGGGAAACGGAGGAAGGAACGUAGUGGGAUAGGUAGAUAUUUCCCACCAAUACCGCAGCUACCCCUGGCGCACACUCAGCAUCCAUCUCAACGAAACGAAAUGAAAGGAACACAGUUCCAGGGCCAGGCAGGAGGCUGGAAAGAGUAGCGAGUGCACGCGAGGCCAACAGACAAGCAGUCGCCUCUUAGGGGCGCCUUUGUAUGAGCCUCCUUCACUGCCGCCACCGUCGCGGCCAUAGUCGCCAUUCAGGGAACAGAGUCAAGCUGAACAGAGCAGAAGACCAAGUCACUUCGAGACGGAGUUGAACGUCCUCGAACAGUUGGAGCUCGUCGCGGCCGCUGCUGCCUUCCGCCUCGUCGUCGCUAGUCAAAUCGGAAGACGCAGAGCAGUGCUAGAACGAUAACGGUGGCUUUUUCGGAAGCAAUAGAAGUGGCAGAAGCAGAAACAGCAGCUGUACGUCCUUUGGCAACAUCUCACGCUAACGAUGCUGCUCAAAGAGAAUAAAGCCAUUGUAUUUGGCGGUCAGGUAAAUUGACUGGGUAUUGAUUGCCGUUUUGCAUCGUGUUGCUCCUUUUCGUUGCCGACGGUCUUCGCUAGUAGGACCUUUACGCGACGGUUACUAGCGGUGCGACUGCUAAUCAGCAGCAGCACGUACAUACAUAAAUACAUCGAAGGGUGAACGGGCGUGUUGCUUGCUUCGUUCUCGAUCGCUAGUUAAAUUUAGUAAGUGCAUCGGAUGCGUAUAGGCUCGUACUGGUGCUCCUUUGUAAAGAUGAUGAAAAUAGGCUACUGCCUUGUACAUAAUACGUUAUUACUAGUGCCACCAUGUUCUUCUAAGCACGAAGUGAGGGAAAAAGUAUAAAAACGGAAUAGAAAAGGAAACGAAAUCGAUAAGAGUGACUUUUCAGUUAAAUUGCUAUUUCCGAACAAUGUUAGUGGUUAAGUGUGGAGGAUCGUGAGCGGCGUGACCGGUACGGCUGAACAGAGUUAUCCAACGAUACAGGAACAUUGUCGUGGUCUGAUUGUCGUAACAACUGACCUAUUCGUAAAACCGGCGGGAAUUUAACUGGACAGCACGGGCGGCGGAAAGGUUAUUCAUCGACCUCAUAAGUCGUGUGCGCAUAAAUGCGGACAAUAGACAAAUGCAGGCGGCCUCUAAUGCGGUUCCGUUUUAGGAAAGCCUUGCAUACAACCUACAGAUUUGUCGCUAACAAUAGCAAGAGCAGAACUGAUAAAACAGCUGUGGUGACAACGUUUGACAACAAAUGUGAUCUAGCCAAGAAGCGCUGCAGAAGUGUUCAAAGUACCUGAAUAUCAUAUGGAAAUACGGUACGAGACGGCUGCAGGCAGAUGACGAGUAGCGCGGGAAUAUAUAGGAACGGUCCAGCGAUCAGAGCCUUGGAUCUAUUCAAUAUGACAUACCGAAUCAACAUGGAUAUUAUAUAUUCAGUAUUGGACUACCUUCAUCUAAUAAGAAUAAGAUUUUAAUCGAGGUAAUCAAGUUCAAUGUAUCAACCAAAACUGCAUAGGUUGAGCUGUGCAAAUCGCAAUGCCAUUGUUCGGGAAACACAACAAGAACCCCGCUGAGGUGGUUAAAACACUGAAAGACGCCCUCAAUGCAUUGGACAAAGUGGAUAGAAAAGCUGAGAAAGAACAGCUACCUACAACGUUAGCGAAAGCCCUGAAGGUUCAGGAGGAUGUUUCAAAGAACCUUACCGUUAUGAAGAACGCACUUCAAGGAGCGAACCAAAGUGAUUCGCACGCUGAGGUGCAGGUGUCUCAGCUUGGUCAGGAGGUCUACAGUUCACACUUGCUUUUGCUACUGGUGCAAAACCUUUCGAAGAUCGAUUUCGAGGGCCGGAAAGACGCGGUUCACAUUUUCAAUAGCAUUCUUCAUCGUCAAAUCGGGACCCGACUACCGACUGUCGAAUACCUUUACCUCAAACCUCAAAUCUUGUUUUUACUCCUCAGUGGUUAUGAAACGCCUGACGUGGCCCUCAACUGCGGAGCAAUGCUCCGUGAAUGUAUAAAGCAUGAGGAUCUAGCCAAGUUGGUGCUAUGUUCGGAUGAAUAUUAUAAUUUAUUCAAGUAUGUGGAAUCUGUUUCGUUUGACAUCGCGACGGACUCAUUCUCGACGCUCAAAGACCUGCUCACUCGGCACAAACGGCUGGUGGCAGAGUUCCUCGAUCUGAAUUACGAACGGGUAAUUACUCACUAUCAAACGUUAGUCACAAGCGAAAAUUACGUGACACGACGACAGUCACUGAAAUUGCUCAGCGACCUGUUACUGGACAGAGCAAAUUACAACUUCAUGUCAAGGUAUAUCUCAAGUUCAGACAACUUGAAAUUGAUCAUGAAUAUGCUUAAGGAUAAAUCAAGGAAUAUACGGAUCGAAGCGUUCCACGUGUUCAAGGUCUUUGUCGCUAAUCCACAUAAGCCAAAGCCAAUUUUGGAUAUUUUGGUACGUAACCGAGAAAAGCUCGCAGACUUCCUAUCGCGUUUCCAAUUAGCGAAUGAAAAUGACGCCGGAGUUGAGCAGUUUAACGAGGAGAAGAACUAUGUGAUCCGGCAGAUCCGAGAGCUCAAACAGCCGACGGCGGCGACCGCUUCGCCGGCUGGAGUUGUUUCAUUGUCAGGGGUAAACAGCGUGGCUCAAGGGGGUGGUGGACCACCCCUGCCUCCACCGAAUCUGUCUUCAAAAGAAUCGUCUGAAUGAUCCGUACUGCACGCUGCUGCUCCUGCGCUAGGUGGUUCAAUACCAGUCGCUCCCACUUCAGACGAGAUUUUCCAGCAUCCUUCUUCGACUCAGACGCACCAGCACCGUUACGUGUACGAACGCCAGGUCGUAGUCGAGCAACAGCUCGUACUCACCCGGCAACAGCAGCAAAUGCACGUGUGCAGUCAACAGCAAUUAUUACCGCAACAAACUACCAUUGAACCCUUGCAAUCACAGAACCCUCAACAACAAUCGGGCCCCCAGCAGCAGCAGCAACAACAGCGUGUAACAAUGUAUAUAACCUACAACAAUGCUGAGAAGGAUAGUGCCGACAGCAGCACGAAUGACAAUGGUCCGGUUCUUGACGGCGUUGCGUCAGUUGGGGCAUUGUCAUUCGAUUAGGACCGACCUUGACGACUCUAGGUACCUACCAUGCGCGUAUUGUAUUCGUCAUUUUAACUGUUUUCGUAUUACAGUCACCGACUCUAAUAUAAUACAGUGACACCUGAGCAGAUAGUAACAACUCGAUCCCAACUAGACGUCGGACAACACAGAUGUCGCGCGCGGUCUCAGAUGACCCGCGCGUGUAGUCAUAGUUAUACAACAUUGGCGCGAGAGCAAUAAAACGCUACUUUAAGACGAUUCGCUGCAUUAUUAGAUAAUUGUAUGAAAUAUAGUCAUUUCGUUCGAAACUCGAAUGAAGGAACAGUUCGCCGUAACAAAAUCUUUCCAUCUGUUAUUAAUCGCGCUUAUACGAAUAGAGGCACAUUAUCUGUAACUCGUUCCUAACUAGGUAACAAACGAAACGGUUAGACGAACGUUGAUAUUCUUUUCGGAUCUGAACGACUUUAUGUACAUUUUUUGUGUGUAUACUACUCAGACAUUAUACAAAUAUAUAAACCUGAACUAACUCCAAACUUGAGUUCUGCAAAGCCGGGCGUAAACAAAUGUCAAGACAUCGUUCGUUUGCUACGAUCGAAAAUCGACGCGCUCGAAAAAUGUCAAUAAAAACAAACUAAGACUAAUGGUAAUAGUGACCUAUUUUUGUCUUGAUGAAGAGCGCACGUGAAAUCUUACCGAAGAGUUCAUUAUACACAAUCAAUUAUGACUAACUGGCCCUCCCGCAAUAAAAACUGAAUAGAAUAUAGUCAAGGAAGAUGCUGAAUAGCGGAAGUAUAUGUAUAUGAAAUGUUUAUGUAUGUUAAAAUAAGAAAGUUCGAGCAAUUUAUGUUGUUGUUACCCUAUAAAGAACUGUCCUCGGCUAAAUCUAAUAGAAGUUUGGUUAUGGAUAAUGGCCAGUCCGACCUUUGCAGUAGUUAAUAAUAUAUUAAUAGUAAUACGGUAAAUGUUUCGUUUUUCCGAAUGAUUUUUUACGAAAUAUUAUGUUGCUGCAUCGCAAUAAACAGAAAAAUGUCACUUAGCUUAGACCCACAGUUUGAACUGUAGAAGACUUUUUAGUUAGUAAGUUACUUGUAUCGACCAGAAUAGUAACCAAAACAGGAAUUGCUUUUAGGAGUUCUCAUAGACAAACCGAAUAAAAUUAUUAUCUAGAAGCAAAGCUAUGAAACGACUCGGUAUCAAAACUUGCCUUUACCAGUAAUCUUGAAUUAUUAACUGUAGUAUUUAGAUCUGAAACAAUGCUUAAAGAAAGUCCUCUACGUAACACUCGAAUCACGUAUCGACUCAUUUAUUCUGGUGUUUUUUCCAUACUUUUAUCUCGGAUUACUUUUCCAUAUGUGAAGUAAUGUUAUUCCGCUUAACAUCAUCAUGGCAUUCAUAAUGUAUUUGUACCAUACGACAAAUUUUUAGAUUGGCCGUAAAAAAUUCAGUCUUAAACAAUAGGCUUGUCCAACUGGCCACUUGUCUUCAACAUACAAGCAUCGAUCGCUUUGGAGUCAUGGUAGUAUUUAUACGUUAGUAUAAUUUAUCAUUUACUACAUAUGCGUAUUGAUCACUGGUGUUUUGUUCAAUUGGUAUACUUUUGAGACACACUCACGUGAGCUCGAAACACCCGUUAGUCCAGCCCAACGUUAGCUGUACGCGGAGCAUAUAUGGUGCUCUACUGCUUACAGAAACAGGCGAAACGAAUAUCUUCUCCUAAUAUAGAAUUAAUCCUGUAUAAACAUACCGGUAUGUGUGUAUAUGUUUGUGUACGUAUCAUUAGAACUUCGCGUGGGAGUCAGCGCGUUCAGACGUAGAUGAACUAUGUAUGUGUGUUGCUCCAUGAAGAGAGACGGGCUAGAAAGUAAACUUUAAAGGGUUGCGGAGAAUGGGUAAGAAGAGAAAUUCAGCAAAAAUAAGGGAUUCGCUUCACAGAGGUAUAAAACUUUCUCUACCAUCUUACUAACGGCGCCAAGCAAGUUGAACAACAAAGAAAAAAAACUUCAAGCUAUAGACGAGCCUUAAAGCAUCACGAUACUAAUGGUCUUAUAUCGAAAAAAUAGUGGCCGAUACGGUUCAUACGAUGUCAAAUCAUAAUAUAUCUAUUACACGCACAGGUGAUGAAACUUUAGCGCUACAGAUAAGCGGAAGAUAUUCUUUGAUAAAACAGAGUGCUAAAUACAGAGACAUUAAGAAACAUCACGUAAAGUAAAGCUUAUUACAUUAAGGUAACUCUUCAGCCACAUAAUAGCGGUACUAAUCAGUGAUAAUAGAUGAGUAAACGGCUGAUAUAAAUUUAUAAUAAUGAAGAUCAUUUGUUCAAAUGAAUGCAGAUUUGAGAGAACUGCAAUGAGAUUUUGUUUCAAUUUCCAAGGAAUAGCCAACUAGCAUUUAUAAUAAAUUCAGUUAGCUAGCGUAUAUUUAUAGAGAUGAGGUAAUUUUUAAGCGAACUAAAAUCAAAAUGCUCAUUAUAGAACUUCGCUCAACUUAAUUAAGUUCCCUUUAUAUAAGUUUUUGGCUAAGAAUUAUUAUUUGAUUCCGGGGCAUAUUUAUGUCGGCAAAUAAAUUUAAGGUAACAAGAAGUAUUGUAUGUGCUUCCAUUAUUCAGCAGCUUGCUCGCCUCCUGAUUAAGCACUGACAAAAUAUCCAUAUAGUUACUUCGUACAUUUAUGCAGACUGGAGAAAAAUUAGUGGACAUAUGUCUCAAAGACUGGUUGGCACUUAUUGGACAGAGUUAAUCAUAUGCGCCGUAUUGACCAUUCUGAGAACGUGUACAUUGAAUCAAGCUACAAGUGUUAGUAGCAAAGUCUCAUUCGAUAGACGAGCAUAUAAUUUGAAGCUCAGCAUUUAAUUUGACAUUUAUCAGCACUAAUAAUCAAUGAGGAAAAUAACUGUAUGAAGUACAUCUGUACAUUCAAGCCUAAACGAAGUUGGUGACGAAUGGCUUUGGCAAAUAAAACAUGAAAUGAUGUCUAAACAGA